AAAGGUUAGAGAGAGAGUAGAGAGAGAGAAUGAAAGGAGGGAAAAAGAAAAGCUCGGGUAUUCAGGCAGCUACAGACACCCCUAAACCAGCCGGAGCUGGAGAAGCUGCUGAGCAUGAAAAGAGAGAUGAAUAUGCCGGCAGCGACGGCGAGGAAGAACAGGUGGCCGGAGAAGGAGAAGAAGAUGAAGAUGAGGAAGAAAAGACGUAUGAAGAGUCCGGAGAGCUUCAGAUAGAAGAAGUUGAUGUUGCUGAAGCUGAGACUGAAAGACCUAAACUUGCUGAAGGCUUUUACGAGAUUGAAGCUGUUCGGAGAAAGAGAGUACGAAAGGGUCAAGUUCAGUAUUUGAUUAAAUGGCGUGGCUGGCCGGAGACGGAAAAUACAUGGGAACCUGUGAAGAAUCUGAUGUCCUGUUCUGAUGUUAUUGAUGCAUUUGAAGAGAGCUCGCAGUCGGGGAAACAACGAUCAACGCGCAAGCGUAAGCGGAAGGUUGGGGCUACACAGACUCAACCCAAGAAAAAGCAACAGCAACAGCAGCAGUCUUCCCCGGCAGCUGCUACAUAUAAUGUGCCAGCAGUGAAGGUUAGGAUAAUUGAGGAGCCUACACCCUCACCUCUUCCGAGUGGUUUGAAGUCUACGAAUCGUGUGAACAAUAUUGGUGGCGUAUUGAACAGCAAAGUAGACAAAGUGGUGAAUGAAACUGAUUUGAGAUUGUGUCUCUCUUUAGAAGAAACUGGAGAGCAAAAUGAGUUGAAUUUGAAGCUGAGUGAAUUAAAAGGAGCAACAUCAACCAAUGAGAACCCUAUGGAUAGAUCUGGUAAUGGUCUCUCAAAUGGAUUUGCUAAGGUCAAUGGUGCAGAAUCCAAUCAAUCUGAUCGCUGCACUGGGGCUAAAAAGAGGAAAUCUGGUUCUGUUCGGAGAUUUAAACAGGAUACUACCUCAGCUGUGGUGGAUGAUGUCCAAGAUGCUUUAGCAGGUGGUGCGUUGGCUACUUUUGUGCAGGAAGGAAGUCACAAUCAUGAAUUUGUGGGCAGCGACUUGGUUUGUAGAAAUAAGCCUGACGAUUCCAAAGAUGCAUAUACCAUUACGCAACUUAUCAAGCCUAUUAGCUACUCAGCAUCUUUAUCCAAUGAUGUGCAGGAUGUCUCAGUGACCUUUCGUGCCAAGAGGUCGGAUGGAAAGGAAAUGAUGGUGGAUAACAAGUUUCUAAAGAUGAAUAAUCCACUUCUGUUGAUAAAUUUCUACGAGCAGCAUUUGCGAUAUAAUCCUGCUCUAUGAGUUGGCUGCAACGAAGGAAAGAUAGAUGUAGCUCGAUUAUCUUCUUCUCUUGCCUUAUAUAUAAAAUGUUGUAAUUUAUUUGUCGUAACAGCUGUAGUGUGUUAACCUAUUAAAUGUAUUAGGAAGGUUAGUAAAUAGCUUGCUAGAAUAUAUUAUGAGGAACUUGUGUUAGGUUUUACUGAUUUCGCGAAGCAAUAUGCUCCAGAGUUCUAUCUCGAUGUAUCACCCUAUUCUUCUGUAUCAUUUAGGUGUGUAAAAACCACUGUGAGUUCCAUUCGAUAGCUAUGGAUUUGGAUUUUGCAGUGCA